GGACUUUUAUAAUAGAAGUUUCACUGUAGAAGCAUGGAUUUAUCCUUCAACUAUUUCUACUGGUAAUCCGUAUGUUGAUAUGAUUAUCUAUGCUCAGACAGGUGCUGCUCAAAUGUAUCAAAUUAUGUGGGUGAUGUUAAGAAAUGGAAUAGGUGAUGGUGCUUUCUACGGUGAUGAUGUACAAGGAUCAACAAUAUUUCAAGCGAAACAAUGGCAACAUAUAGCAUUUACAUAUAAUUACACGAUGACAACACAAGUUAUAUAUAUUAAUGGUGUUGCAGAUGCUAUAAAUUCUCAAGCACCACCUUGUUUAAGCACAGGUGGGAUACAGACAAUUGGUGUAUACUCGACUUAUGACGGUGGUUUUUAUAAUGGAUAUAUUGAUCAAUUGAAGAUUUCAUUCGAUAGAGCAAAAUCAGCAGUUGAAAUCUUAAAUGAUGCAACAUUAGUUGCAUAUUACUCAAUGGAUGAUCCGAAUAACCCUGGUGGGGAUAGUGGUCCUAAUCAAAUGACCGGCGUCGCCGUUGAACCGAUUGGUAGUGAUCAAGGACGAGUUGGACAGUCACUUUUAUUAUAUACGAACUCAAGUUAUAUUCAGAUAACAGGCCUAGUUUUAUUGGGACAAUCAUACAGUCCUUUUUCAUUCGCAGUAUGGAUACGACCACUAAUAUCCGUUACAAAUGGUGGUACAAUUCUACACGUUUCUGAAUAUUCCAAUGGUCAGGGUUGGUGCGUUCCAUUUAUUGGUUUAAGUCACUCGGGAGAGAUAGUCGUACAAAAUUAUGGUAGUCUUGGUGGUGUAAAUGCAAUUACUGGGCCUGUUUUGAUGGUUGGUCAGUGGGUCCAUAUUGUAGAAACUUAUAGCAACCUUAAUGGAUUACGUUUAUACGUAAAUGGUACCCUCUCCGGACAAGUUAAUCCAUUUACCUAUGCAGCACAUAAUGGACCGGUGUUCGUUACUCUAGGACAGUCUCUGGUUGGAGCUAUUUCUUGUUCUAACAAUAAAGUUUACAUGAAUUAUUAUCAAGGAGAUAUUGAUGAAUUAUAUAUUUACAGUAGAGAACUAUCGCAAGCAGAUAUUACUACAUUAGCAAAUCCGUAG